AUGCACAUAAUGCCGCAUGUGUGGCUGUGCGCCUGCCCGCGCCUGCCUGCUGGCCUGCCUGCUGGCCUGCCUGCCUGCCUGCAUCCCUCGCCUGUCUGCUCACUCGUCUGCUCGCGUGUCACUUGUGCUCGUGUGCUCGUGUGCCGGCAGGUGCAGGAGAAGCUGCGGGAGGUGGGGCUGGAGUCCAGCAAUCUAAUCGUAGCCGUUGAUUUCACCAAGAGCAACGAAUGGACAGGCAAGCACACGUUCGGCGGGCGGUGUCUACACGCCAUAGGCGCGCACAUGAACCCGUACGAGCAGGCCAUUCAGAUCAUCGGGGAGACGCUAGAGCCCUUCGACGAGGACAACCUCAUCCCCGCCUUCGGCUUCGGUGACGCCACAACGCAUGACAAGGCAGUGUUCUCAUUCAACCGGGACAACCGGCCCUGCAACGGCAUUGCAGAGGCGCUAGCACGCUACCGGGCCAUUGCACCCCACGUCAAGCUCUCAGGUCCCACGUCCUUUGCACCGGCAAUAGAGGCAGCGGUGCGAAUAGUGGAGGAGAGCGGGGGCAACUACCACGUGCUGCUCAUCAUUGCUGACGGCCAGGUGACGCGCAGUGCGGACGUGCCGCCCGGGCAGCUGAGCAAGCAGGAGCGCGCCACUGUGGACGCCAUCGUUGCUGCCAGCAACUACGCGCUCUCCAUAAUACUCGUGGGGGUGGGCGACGGCCCAUGGGAAGUGAUGCACAGCUUUGACGACGGGCUGCCGCAGCGCAACUUCGACAACUUCCAGUUCGUGGACUGCUCGCAGAUACUGGCAGCGCCGGGGCCGCACGAGCAGAAGGCGGUGCGCUUUGCUCUGAGUGCGCUCAUGGAGGUGCCGCUGCAGUUCAAGGCGUGCAGCGAGAUGGGCGCGCUGGGCAAGCGUAUCGGCCGCAUGCCACCCACCCCGCCGCUGCCUCCCCCACCACGAGUGCUUGAGAUGGAUGCUGCUGCGGCUGCGGGCAUGGGCAUGGGAUACCAGCAACAGCAACAGCCACCGCCGUAUGGCCAGCAGCAACCGCCCCCCUACUACCAGCAGCAGCAGCAGCAGCAGCCGUACCCCGGUGCCCCCCCUUCCAGCUAUCCCACCGCCCCCUCCGCCCCUCCUGCACCGGACUAG